GCAACCGUGGCUUCGGUCGCAUUGCUCACCACCUCGGUUUUGGCCGACAUCCCGAAAUGCGGCCCAGGAAGCCCUUGCCCUGAGUCAGCUCCAUGUUGUUCUCAAUACGGACAGUGCGGUGUCGGCGCAUACUGCCUCGGUGGCUGCGAUCCUCUCUUCUCCCAUAGCAUGGAAGCAUGCGUUCCGAACCCCGCUUGCAAGAGCGCCGACUACCAGUUUAAGUCGUUGAGCGAUGUCGCAUCCAUCUCAAAGUAUCUAGGAGACCCGUCGAAGGCAAACUGGGUGUCGAGCGGCAACCCGGCCGCGUACGGUGAUUCUAUACUGUUGACCAUGGCGCCGGACACGGUCGGCACGCUCAUGGCGACGACCAAGUAUGUCUGGUACGGCAAGAUUUCCGCGACAAUGACGACCAGUCAAGGCGCUGGUGUUGUGACGGCAUUCAUCAUGAUGUCCGAUGUGAAGGAUGAAAUCGACUUCGAAUUCGUUGGCGUGGACUUGGAUCAUGCGCAAUCCAACUUCUAUUCCCAGGGUGUGACGAACUAUAACAACGGCAAGAACCUGACUGUGACGAAUACCGUGGAGAACGUUCAUACGUACACCAUCGACUGGCAGCCCGAUCACCUCGACUGGAUCGUCGAUGGCAAAAUUCUCCGCACGCUGAAGCGCCAGGACACGUGGAACAGCACUUCCAACCGCUUUGAUUACCCCCAAACCCCAUCCCGAGUGAUGCUUUCCCUUUGGCCAGCCGGUCUUCCCUCCAACGGCGAAGGCACCAUCAAGUGGUCCGGUGGCCUCGUCGACUGGAACAGCCCGCUGAUGCAGAACGGAUACUACUACGCCAUGGUCAAGUCGGUCAAUGUCGAGUGCUACGAUCCCCCGUCAGGAGCCCAAAUCCAAGGAAGCAAGGCCUACAUCUACACCGACGAAGCCGCCACCAACAACACCGUCCAGAUGGUCGACAAGGUAGUCGUCCUCAAAUCCCUCUACGCUAGCGGUGAAAACCCCGACUUCGAUCCCAACGCCAGUGCUUCCGGCUCGUCGCCAUCCUCCACCCCGAGCCUCUCUGCCGAAACCGUUCCCGGUGUCGUCGGUGCUGGCGAGCGAAGCGGUGAGGACUCUAGCGGAGGCUCCGGUUCCACGAACAGCGACCCGUCUGGCAACACCCAAUCUGGUGACAGCAGCGGCAGCAGUGGAACCGGCAGCGGCGGCUCCACGGGCUUCUCUCAGGGAGGGAGCAGCGCCGGUGGGAACAGCGGUGCCUCGUCAGACAAGAUGGUCAAGGGGAGCGUCUUCGCCGUCGUGGUUGCCGCCAUUGCGCUUCUGGCC